AUGUUUGUACGCUUGUCUAGUAGUAAAAGCUAUCCCGUUUUCUCCAAUCCCGGUAUCCUCUCCCUCCCAUCCCGCCAGCGCCUCUCCCUCCUCCCAACCGCCGUCGCCUCUCCCUCCCAUCCCGCCAUGGCCUCUCCCUCCCGCCCCGUCAUAGCCGCUCCCUUCCUCCUCGCCGUCGCCUCUCCCUCCCUUCCCGUCGUCGCCUCUGCAUUACACUCCCAUUGCUCUCCUCUUUGGUCGCCUAAUGCGCUGGCGCCUAGCGCGCUGGCGCCUAACGCGCUGGCGCCUAGCGCGCUGGCGCCUAGCGCGCUGGCGCCUAGCGUGCUGGCGUCUAACGCGCUGGCGCCUAGCGCGCUGGCGCCUAAGGCCCUGGCGCCUAAGGCGCUGGCGCCUAGCGCGCUGGCGCCUAGCGCGCUGGCGCCUAGCGCCUGGCGCCUAAGGCGCUGGCGCCUUCGGCUGGCGCCUAACGCGCUGGCGCCUAACGCGCUGGCGCCUAACGCGCUGGCGCCUAAGGCGCUGGCGCCUAGCGCGCUGGCGCGUAUGGCGCUGGCGCCUAGCGCGCUGGCGCCUAUCGCGCUGGCGCCUAGCGCGCUGGCGUGUAACGCGCUGGCGCCUAGCGCGCUGGCGCCUAGCGCGCUGGCGCCUAGCGCGCUGGCGCCUAGCGCGCUGGCUUCUAAGGCGCUGGCGCCUAGCGCGCUGGCGCCUAGCGCGCUGGCGUCUAGCGCGCUGGCGCCUAGCGCGCUGGCGCCUAAUGCGCUGGCGAUUAGCGCGCUGGCACCUUGCAGCGUGCCGCGCGCUGGUGGCUUGUGCGCUGCUUGUUGCGGCAGUGCGCUGGCGAAUUCCAUCAGCGGCCUUGCAGCGCUGCGCGCUGGCAAAUUAUUGCGCACGCCUUGCUCCAGUGAGCUCACGCCUUGCUCCAGUGAGCUCACGCCUUGCUGCAGUUAG